GAAAGACGUUAGUAGGUUCAAAUCUCAUGACUCUAUUGCCAGUGGUUAUUUUUUGACAUGUUCGCAGUUCGUCGUCCCCGAUCGCUGUUUUGAUAAUUAUUUAGUAAACAGAUCAAUUGAAUAUGCAUAGUUCUCGUAUCAGCAGAUUGAAUUUCUCGUCAACUUCAUAUUGUUAUCCAAUUCUUCAAUCCACGUUGUUAUGGAACAAAAAUUAAUUUCGUAUGGAUAUUCAGGAAAGGAUAGACAUAGCUAGGCUUACUAUUUCAACAAAAAUGGAUAAUAGAAGUGAUGACGAUUUCUCGGAUUGGACACAUCUAUCAGGCUUUUCAGGCAGCCAACCAACCAUUCCAACGUCAAUUAAACAGUUACUCGUUGGUAGAGUAUUUGUCGGAGAAUACAUAGAGCGACACUAUGUUGAUUCUCUUUCUACUUACAGAGAUUUGGUUGUCGUCAAUUCCGACGAGCUAGACCUGUCAAGAUCUUUGAUAAAAGCUAAACAGAUUAUUCUUAAUAUGUUAAGACACAUCACAUGGUUGGGUAUGACAGAUAAUCAGCAUGAUGCAACUCCGAAAGGCCUUUGUUUGUGGGUUAAUCUGUCCCAAGUACCCUUGGGAAAACACUGGUUUCAGAUACAAUCAAUUGAUUUAAAUGACAAAGAAGUAUCGCUGAAACUGAAUCAUCUCAGACCGUUUGACUACAGCAAAAAUCAAACAGAACACAUUUUGGCGCCAGAACAAAUAAUGGAAAAUUUCGAUGUACAAAAGUUCUUCCAGGAGUUGACAUGGGUUCAAAUACGAGAAUUUGGAUUACAUCUGUUAGUUGACGUUUCUACCUGGUGCAUACUGAAUUUAAAAAAUGUUUUAACAUACGAGAAUAUUCGAGAGACGAUAAAAUUUUCUUCGGUAUUAUUUCUGACUGUGAUAUCCUUCUUGAUAGAAGCAACAAGAUUCUUUUGCGACUAUAGCAUCAGAUUAAUGAGAGAACUUUCCUACGUCAUUCAUUCAUUAACGCCAAUAAUAAUGGGAAUCAUUGAUUUCUUUGCCAAAUGUGUGGGUGGAUUCUAUUUAUUAUUAGUUAUGUUAUGGCGAGGCUCCUCGGGGCCACAGGUACCACCAAAUGCAUUAUCAGGAGCAUUCGGUAGGAACAGCAUUUCAUCUCAAAAAUCAAUUGGAUAUAAUAAUCGAGGCCGAAAUAGAUUACGAGGUAGGUUCAGUAAUUACUAAAUUGAUAUUUUUUAGUUAUUCAUUCUUUUGAAUCGUAUUCAUUGUGAGAUGACUACACAAGUUUUUAUAGAGUUUUUCCUCGAAUCAAAUACAAUUGUGACACAAAAUCUCAUUAGUAUUAACUCUACACUACCGGCAACAGCUGUACCCGAUGUUGUUUAUUUUGACUUACAAUUGACAAACCGUCAAAAUUAAAUUUUAUACAGACUUAUAGACAUUCAUAGUUUCCAUCAACAGUGUAUGGUUUUAAUAAUUUCUCGGGGGAUUCAGUACUAGUUCUUACAUACUUUGGCAUCUGCUGUAAAUAUAUUGCGAUGCAGAGUCAUGUUAAGGGAAAAAUAAUAACGGAACUUGUACAGAUCGUUACGGUAUAUUCAAUUAAAAAAUAAAAAAAUUAUGUAACUGAAAAAAA